UAUAUUAGCUGAAAACUUAAAAAAGCAUACCUUUGCAUGUUGGUCAGUGAGUCCUUACGAAUUUGAGGAAAUUGAACAAGUGGACCACAAAAGAAGAAGCAGCGAGCGUAAAAGGAAAAGGAAAUAAUAUAUACAGCAAAUGGACAGGAUCUGAAAAUCCAUAAAAAAUAGAAAAAAUUUCGAAGUAAGACCAAAAACAGGACCUAAAAGAUGCAUUCGAAACUUUAUUUAAUCCAUCUUCUAUUCACUGAAACCUCAUCAGAAAUGUUUUCAGUGUUUGUCCGAGAUAUGCCAAGUUGCACAAGAAGUGGAGUGAAAAUCAGUGGCAGCAGGUCUGAUGGAGCGAUGAACCCAGAUUGGAAAGUUUUUGGUUCAAAUCAUGGUUAACAUGUACGCAAGACGUAACGACAGAGGUGCAGAUAUGAGUGUUUAGAGUUCUAAAACACAGUGGCGGCUCGACCAUAGGUUACGUUUUUUGUGUUGGGCAUUUUGCUAGAAUUGAUGGAAUUACGAACACAGAAAAGUGUCGUCAGGUUUUGAUCACCAUGCAAAACUGCAAUCUGGAAAACCUGUGAUUGGCAAUGGCUUCAUUUUUAAGCACAACAAUGCAGUAAAAGCAGAUGUGGAUAAAAAAGAAUAAAAACACAGUAGAAACACUGUCAGUUAUAGCCUGGCAUCUCCGCAUGCGUGUGCGUGUCGUGUUCAUCAUUUUCACAACUUUUCAUCCACUUGGCAGAUGCAUUGCAAACGAGAUUAACCUGUUCUUUUUUUCACACUAAUGCAUAGCAUGUUGUAAGGCCAGUUUCCACGGCACCUACGAGGUGCUUUUCAGCAAGAUUGUUCAACAAAUCGAAAGUACCCAACUGUAAUAGGAAGGCUUUUCUUUUUAACUUAAAACUGUCUGAUAGGCAAUUUUUGUGGAGUAAAAUGGAAAACACUGGCAAUCUACCCUCAUUGGAUAAUGAUUCUUUUGAUUGGAGGAGAUUUAUAAAACAGACUGUUUUGCGCACCCUGUGCUGGGUAUUCGCCAUUGUUGUUUUUGGAACCAUCUCAGACCAAGGCUACUAUAGCCCCACGAGUAAAACAAAUGCCACCUGCAUGUUUAACAACAAUGAAUGCGCAUGCAGCUAUGCGGUGGGAGUUGGAGUCCUGGCCUUUGUGGCUUGUGUUGUGUUCCCCAUCCUGGACGUCAUCAUUUCAAAGAUCUCUAGUGCCACAGCGAAAGAUCGCAUUGUCAAAGGAGAUCUGGCCUUCUCCGCGGCUAUGACCUUCCUGUGGUUCAUCUGUUUCUGUGUCUUGCUCAACCAGUGGACCAGAACUAACUCCGAAUAUGUCAUGGCCGAUGCUGCCCGAGCUGCCGUUGCUUUCUCCUUCUUCUCAAUCAUCACCUGGGCUGUUUUGGCGUACGUUGCAUACGGAAGGUAUAAUGUAAACCUGAACACCUGUGAGUGGCUGACUGCUUUAUUUCCCAGAAUCAUUGGAAAUGGAAAUUCUGAAUAGAUGUUCUCUCUCCCACGGUGCCCUCUGUACAGCAUAGACUUUGAUUGUUCAAACCCCACACAGGUGAGAUUUGGAUUCGAGGCAGCAAAUAUUAACUUUGAGACUGACUUUCAGCAGCCAAACAGAUUGGACAUGUAGGCUACUAAAAGUAAAACAAAAGGAGCCUGUCUGUGUUUGUUGUUUAUUUACAGUUUACUUCAACCAUUUUCAACCAAUGAGAAGCUACGUCUGUAAAAGACUUUCCAUUUGAUUAUUUAAAAAAUGUUCGGAUUAGAAAAAGCUCUGCUCCUCAGGCUCGUAUGCGUUGUUUGUAUCAGCUGUGUAACAAGACAUUUUUAAAUUGUACUAGAGAAAAUGUGUGUUCCUCGUUAGUCAUGGUUAAAACAGACACUCGGCACUCCUCUGGCAUUAAACGCAUCACCUAUUAUCCCAGGCCUUGAACAUGUGAAUUAUGUGUUUUUAUAGGCAAACUAGUGCAUAAAUAACAUGUUUACAGGAAAUACCCUAAUCUAAUUAAUGUUGAUUUGUGGUAACAGUUUCAUUAUGUUUUUUCUCUGACAAACCAAAUUAAUAAACUGCAAACUAGAGUUUAGGUAGCAUGUUAUUGUGUCUCAUUGUCUAUUCCCCCUUUUUGCUAUUUUUAUCUGAAGUGAAGCACUUUGUAAUUUUACCUGGAAAGGUGCUAUAGGAAAUACAUCUUUAUUCUUACUUACGUCACAGAAAAAUAU